UAAGCUGGUUUUUAUUAUACUAGCUUUGCUAGAUACCCCAAGAAGAGGUUUUGGCCUUCAGAUCGAGUGUUACUUUUUCCUGCACUGCUAAAAAAGAAGACUCAAGAGGAAAAGUCAGCCGUCUCUGAAAGGUUGUUGUAUAGCCAUCUCUGAAAUAUCUUUGCAUCUGAUGAAGUUUUGGAGUUUGAAGUCUCCAAGGCAGGCAAUUGAACAGGUUUUGCUGAAGAUAUUCCUGAAGACUCAUCCAGGGUACAGCAGUGCAAAAAUGAUCCAGCUGACAGCUACCCCUUUAAGUGCACUCAUUGAUGAACCAGUGUACAUCCGAGCUACAGGCCUGACUCCCUUUCAGGAAGUGACUUUUCAGGCAACACUGAAAGAUGAAAUGGGGGUCCUCUUUUAUUCUGAAGCCCACUAUAUGGCCAAUGAAGUUGGUGAAGUGGACCUAGAACAUGAUUCUGCACUUGGGGGUGACUAUGUGGGAGUCCAUCCCAUGGGGCUCUUCUGGUCCCUGAAACCUACUAAGAUAUUAACUAGACUGCUGAAAAGAGAUGUAAUGAAUAGCCCUUUUCAGGUUCAAUUAAAACUUUAUGACUUGUUAUCACUAAAGGAUAACUCCCCCAAGUCUCCAAAAGCCAGCCUGACUUUGGAAAGGUGGUAUGUGGCACCAGGCGUCACACGAAUCCAGGUCCGAGAAGGCCGUAUUCGUGGAGUCCUCUUUCUCCCCCCUGGAGAGGGCCGCUUCCCAGGGGUAAUUGAUAUGUUUGGUGGUAUUGGUGGAUUGUUUGAAUUCCGGGCCAGUCUCCUGGCAAGUCGUGGCUUUGUGUCUUUGGCCUUGGCUUACUGUGGAUAUGAAGACUUGCCAUCCCUACCAGAGAAAAUAGAUUUGGAAUAUUUUGAGGAAGCUGCCAACUAUCUCCUGAGACAUCCUAAGGUUCUUGGCCAAGGCAUUGGGGUAGUCUCAAUAUGCAGAGGAGCACAGAUUGGUCUUUCUAUGGCUAUUCAUCUAAAGCAAGUCGUAGCCACUGUACUUAUUAAUGGACCCAACUUCGUUUUUGAUACUCCAGUGGUAUAUCGUGAUCAGGUCUAUCCACCAAGACCCUAUGAAAUGGGAUUACAAUCCAUCACUGCCUUGGGGCUAAUUGAGUUGUAUGGCAUUUUUGAGGGAACCAGAGUUGCAACCAGUCUGUAUUUUCUUCCUGUUGAAAAGGCCCAGGGACAUUUCCUCUUCAUUGUGGGAGAAGAUGAUAAAAGUAUCAACAGCAAAGAAUAUGCUAAGAAAGUCAUAGAACAGCUGAGGAGGAAUAGAAAGAACAAUUGGACUCUGCUAUCUUACCCUGGAGCAGGUCACCUAAUAGAACCUCCCUAUGCCCCACUUUGCUGUGGUUGUUAUUUACCUGGUUAUCACCGCCCCUUCCACUGGGGAGGAGAAGUGAUCCCACAUGCAGCAGCACAGGAACAUUCUUGGCAGGAGAUCCAGAAAUUUCUUAGAAAGCACCUCAUUCCAGUUGUGACAAGUCAACUCUAAGAAGACUAGAUAUUCUUGAA